UCAACCCAAAGCAUAUCUUCUAUAAGUUUUGGAUCAACUAUAUGUUUGUGAUUAGUUUGCUGUCUGGUAUCUACACAACUUUCAUGGCUUUUUUCACCACAACACCUGGACAAGAAAUAAUCUUACACUGGAGUGGAAGCUGAAGCUCUUGAUUUAAUGGCAAUUGCAACGGACUCGUGUAAUUCUGGAGUCAAUUCAGCUCUCUCAACCAACUGUAGUUCGCUUACUGGCUUCGACAAUAUUGCUGGUUGCAUUCAAAGUGGUAGCAGCAUAUUCGGAACUAUGAUUAUGGGCUCAACUGGGAGUUAUAGCAUCAUAGUACCAUCCACAUACGACAUCAGUCGUGUUGCUUACAACCCAACCUCAGAUGAAGGAAGACUCCACAUCUUCCUCACGUACGCCAUCAUUGAUUUAUCCUUUUAUUUCAACAUCUUUGUCAACUUGAGAACUGAAGUCCUUACUCCAAAUGGAUUUUUGACAAGCUUUAAGGAUAUUUACAACAACUACAAUAAAUGGAACAAACUAUGGCUUGAUAUCCUAGGUGUGAUUCCCUUUGAGAUAAUAUCACCUUGGGUUGGUUGUACUAGGAUUGCAAAAUAUCAUGCAAUGGCAUUUUUGAGACUUAACAGAAUCCUGUAUUUCUUUCGGUAUGUCCCAAGCUCCUUCUCAAGAUGGGAAUACAGUCUUAACGUGCAGAUUGUAAGAAUCCGUACCCUUAAGUUUGUAGCUUACAUAUAUACGUUUACACACAUGUGUUCAUGCUUCUACUACUGGUGGUCAUGUGGUUACGGCAUGCAAAGUCACCUGGACAGGAUUAUGUACAAAUGUCGAUUUGGUUCAUGGGCAUGGGUCUUUGAUAUCGGGUAUAUCACCAACAAAGGCCAGGAUUAUAUCAAGACAAUGUACUGGGCUUCUACUACCAUGACUAGUACAGGCUAUGGAGAUAUCUCAGCAAGCACAACCAGUGGAAGAAUGUUUGCCCUUGGUACAAUGAUCAUAGGUACUGUGAUGUACGGGUGGCUGGUGGCUGUUAUUGCCUCCACAGUUUCAAACAGCGAGGCAGCUGAAGUCAGCUUCAGAAACUCCAUGCUUGCAACUAAACAAUAUCUCGUCGUGCAUGCAGUAAAGAAUGCCUUGGUUGAUAGGGUCAUGAACGUACGUCGAAUAGAAUGGGAACGUUACUGUGGGACCGCCACACCUGGUGUUCAAACUAUAGGGCGUGAACUACCGAAGCAGUUACACAGUGUUCUGCUGUAUGAAAGUGUUAACAAGUUUGUAGAGGGUUUACCUUUCUUUCAUGGGGUGGACACAUCUUUUAUAGCCAUGUUGUGCAACCAUGUGAUGAUAUUUCACUACUCUGAAGGGGAUGUCAUUAUUUAUGAGGGUGAUCUGUCAAGGAACCUUUACAUCAUAAAGCAAGGUCAUUGUGACAUCGUAACUGAGGAUUUAAGUGAAAUUGUCGACCAUCUUGUCCCAGGAGACUAUUUCGGUGAAAUUGAGAUCCUCUUUGGAUGCGGAUCACCUCGUACCGUUGUCGCUGAUACUGCUUGUGAAGUCCUGGUCCUCCAGAGAGGAGACAUCGACACUGUCCUCCAGUCCUUCCCUGUCCUCCAAGCACAAAUGAACAAGAUUGAGGACGAUGCCUCGUAUAAAGAGCGUGUGCUGAACGCAAUCAACCAACGUAAUGCAAACAGCAGAAUGGGAGUUACAAUGACGGACCGCUACAACCUUGAAGAAAUCGAAGGGGGGACAGUUCUGUAUGCUGACCAUAAGAUUAAUACACCUCUUAUACAUACCAAUGCUAAGGAAGACUCAGAGAACAGCAUAUCAAGCUACUUCCUCCUCCCCAUCACUUUCGAUCCUCUGAGCAGGGAUUACAGAAUCUAUGAAGGGAUCAGAGUGAUCUUGACGGUUCUUACUGUAAUUCUUGUUCCUCUGCAGUUUUCCAUCCUCCCCAGCAAUGCCAGCCUCCUUGUCCUCCAAUACCUCCUGGACUUUCUGAGCUUAUUUGACCAAUACGUGAAAGCGCACACUUCAUACUUUGAUGACAGAUCAGUAGCUGUGACCAACUCUGCACAAACUGCCAGGCGUUACCUGAAAACAAGUUUUGCUGUCGACUUAAUCUCUUGGUUUCCGAUUGAGUUAUUGGUACUAGCAUGUCUUGGUAGCCCUGUAAGCCAAAUGCAGUGGAGACUGGUCGCAAUACUGAGAAUUAACCGUCUUCUGCAGCUGUAUAAGGUCUUUGGAUUUUUCUCGUUCUGGUUGUCGGACAUUCGUUCCAACAGACGAUGGCUUAAACACUGCAGUAGUGUGCUGUAUGGAUUCAUUCUACACCAUUGGUUUGCUUGCUUGCUCUUUGUAUCUGCAUGCCCCCCUGAAUCUGUUAAUAAUGACGCAUUGUACAGCUCCAUGCCAGAGAUGGUGUCAUUCAAUAACACAGGAUCUGUCACUUUCUGCCAAAAUUCCACCUGGAUUGGCCAACUUGCUACACAGAAUAUCUUCCCUGCCCUAGAUGUGGUUAUGUCAGCUACUGACCAAUAUAUAGUCAGUCUAUAUUGGGCAACUGCCACUUUGGUGUGCGUUGGGUAUGGUGACAUCCACGCAAGGAUGCAAACGGAAAUGUUUAUGGCAACAGUGGUAAUGAUCAUGGGAACGGUGUAUUAUUCCUCCAUCCUCGGAGACAUCUCUGCCAACAUCCAGACUGAUGACAUCAGGAGAGGACACUACAAAGGAAAACUUUCAGACAUUCUUAAAUUCUUUAAGGUCUAUGAUGUUACUAAGGAAACACAAAGACAAGUCCUCAACUACUAUUGCUACCUCUGGGAUCGAACCCAGGGUGUAAGUCCUGACUACCUCCUCAUCGGUCUUCCUCCUUCCAUCCGGACCAGUGUGUGUCAGAGCAUGUACGAUCCCAUGAUCCGGGAGGCUUUCGGAGAAGGAGGAGCAGAGAUCGACAAGGAGACGCAAGGAUUCUUCCGACUCAUGUCAACUCAUAUUCAACCAGCUCUCUACCUGAAACAAAGCAUCAUCUGCAGACGGGAUGACAUAGGCGACGAGAUGUUUUUCAUCCAACGAGGAAACGUAGCGAUCUUAGAAGAUGAUGAUGAGACUGUGUGUAAGGUGCUUGGACCCGGACAACACUUUGGAGAGGUUGCGUUGCUAUUGGCAACCCCAAGAAGCCGAACAAUCAAAGCGCUCACUAAUUGUGAUUUGAACGUGCUCAGUAAGAAGGACCUAGAUGAGAUUUUGGACAAAUUUCCAAGAUUCCGUGAGCGUAUGACUGCUAUUGCUAAGGACCGCAACCUUAAAGGCACUCGCUCACUCACAUUCCAACAAAAGCCAAGCCAAGCUAGCAUGACACGAGGCUCGUUAUAUGACCAACAAGGCAACAGAUAUGAUGGAACUGAUAAAAAUAAGUUCACCAAGGUAUUGGACAGAGAAUCUACUUUUGCUCGAGUUUGGAACCACAUCACCGUCGUCCUUGCCUUCUUAUCUAGCUCUAUGUGCAUCUAUCAAGCUGGGUUCUACAGUCAUAACUCAACUUUUUAUAUCCUCGGAUAUAUUGUGGAUGUUUGGUUUGCGCUCGACAUGGUCAUGAACUUCCACAUGAGUUUCUUCGACCAGUUUAGCACAAACAUUGAUGAUCAAAUGAAGAUCCACACGCGGUACGCCAAAUCAUAUCGGCGCUUCUUGCUGGACGCAGUGACCAACGCGCCCAUCGACCUCCUUGCGCACAUGAUAGGCUCCAAAGUGGGCCUCCAGUUGGCCGUGCUCUCUUAUACAAGGUUAAACAGAGUCCUCAGGAUGUACAAGGUUCAUAUGAUCUUCAAAGAGUGGGAAAAAGAUAUCAGAAAAGAUGUAUUAGUUAUACGAAUGUACAAGUUCCUCUUGUUCGUAUGCUUUAUAUUUAAUGCUGUUGGAAGCAUCUGGUUUGCACUUGCUUGUCCCAACAGUCAAUGCAAGGAAAAUACAUGGUCCUCAUCUUCUGUUACAGAUUACAAAAAUAAGCAAAUCUUUGGCUUCAACUCCUUGCCAUGGAUUGAUAGUAUUUACUGGGCAGUUGCUACAAUGACAUCAACUGGGUAUGGCGACAUUAAACCAGAAAACCAGACCGAAAUGGUGUACGCAUGUUUUGUGAUGGUACUUGGGAAACUGGUGAUUGGUUAUGUACUUGGCAUGGUGGCUGCCACACUCGCUAAUGAUGAAAGCUUGAGAGUUUGGUACGAACAGAGCGUUUCGGCUGUGAAGAGCUACAUGAUAGACCUGAAGUUCGACAAGGAGUUAUACAACCAUGUGAUCCAGUAUUAUGAUUAUAUGUGGAUGAAGAACCAAGGUGUUAAUGUUAUGAACUUAUUUCCUGAUCUAACUUUCAGCUUAAGAGCUGACAUCUACACCCAGAUAUGCAGGAACAUGGUUGAUAGCAUUGAACUUUUCGAAGGUUGCCCAGAAAACUUCUUACGUCAUCUUUGUAUGGUGAUGAAUCCAACUGCUUUCAUGCCAGGAGAUUACAUCUGUUUACAGGGCGACAUCCGAUGUGAGAUGUACGUCAUCCACCAUGGAGUAGCUGAAGCAAUGAAAGUGGAGAAUGGAAAGAAGAUCCCGAUCCGCCUCGUGAUGGAGGGAGAGCACUUCCUUUGUGAGAGCAUCCUCUGCAAGACACGAAGACCUUGUUCACUACGAGCUCGUACAUACGUUGACGUCUUCAGUAUGACUUUGGAAGGUUUACAGAGUGUGUUGAGUUACCACCCAGCUGUACGUCCAAUUAUUCUUGCAAACGCACGUCGUCUUUACCCGGAAGUAAAGUUAUAAGCGCCAUGAGAAUAAUAUGUUUGUUUAAUUUCGUUUUCUUUCGUUAUUUAGCGUUUUUAAAGUUAACAAAUUCCCUGCUAAUACAUUACACUGUAUUUAAAGCUAAAAAUCCCUGUGAAACUGUAUAUUGCUUUAUUGCAAGUUUUUUAAAUUUUUUUUACUCUAGUUAAAAGACUAAAAAGUUGUACAUUCUUGCGCACAAGAAAUAUAUAUUACAUGUUAUGUUACG